CUACGCUCCGCCUCCCUUCGUUUCCACCCCGUUCCUCUGCGGCUCCUGCCCCUUCGCCUUCUCCAGGACUCGUGCUCGCCCUCACCGCACAGCGCGACACUCCCGCCCCGUCACCAUGCGCCGCCCGUGGAGGCACCCGGGCCCGGCGGCCGCGGCCGCCGCCGUCGCGCGGCGCCACGGCGCAGCGGACCUCUGCCUCCGCGAGGUCGGGGACCUCCUCCCCCGCCACUUCGCCCGCCGCGCGGCCGGCUCCGAGGACCUUGUGAUGCGGCUCCAGAUUCACCGGAAGCUUGACAGGCACACAGGCUGCGUCAACACAGUGGGCUUCAAUGAGGUCGGUGACACCCUCAUAUCAGGGUCUGACGACCAGAUGGUGAUGCUUUGGGACUGGGACACUGGUGCCGUCAAAUUGGAGUUCCAUUCGGGCCAUGGUGGCAACGUGUUCCAGGCACGCUUCAUGCCCUGCAGAGAUGAUCGGACCAUUGUCACUUGUGCUGCUGAUGGCGAGGUGAGACUCGCCAAGAUACAGGAUGGUGGAGAUGUGUCCACUACAUUGCUUGGUGAACAUGGGGGAAGGGCUCAUAAUUUGGCUGUAGAGCCUAGUAGCCCUUAUAUCUUUUACAGCUGUGGUGAGGAUGGCCUUGUUCAACAUUUUGAUCUCAGAACAAACACAGCCACAAAACUAUUCCUCUGCAGAAGUUCUUUGAGGAAAUCAGGACUCGCCUCCUGUGUUCACCUUAAUGCGAUUGCAAUAGAUCCGAGGAACCCAAAUCUUUUUGCCGUUGGAGGAAGCAAUGCAUAUGCUCGUGUGUAUGACAUCCGCAAGCACAAGUGGGAUGGGUCAUCUGAUUUCGCUCACCCAUCUGACUGCUAUUGUCCACCACAUCUUGUUGACGAUAAACGUGUUGGGAUAACAGGGUUAGCAUUCUCUCACCUGAGUGAGUUGCUUGUAUCUUAUAAUGAAGAGAAUAUUUACUUAUUCCCUAAAAAUGGAGGGCUGGGAUCUGACCCAAAGUCAUCUAUCAAGAUUGGAGCAAAUGAAGGUUACAAAUCAACAAUGGCUGCAUCUGGACAAGAUAUUGCUCAAUCUGCACCUCAGGUAUAUGUCGGUCAUUGCAAUCGUAAAACCGUGAAGCGUGUGACUUUCAUUGGGCCAAAUGAUGAAUACGUUGCUAGUGGGUCAGACUGUGGACGGAUAUUUAUUUGGAGAAAGAGAGAUGGGAGGUUUUUACGAGCCAUGGAGGGUGAUGAGUGCAUAGUGAAUUGCAUUGAGCCUCAUCCUCAUGAUAUGACAAUUGCAAGCAGUGGAAUCGAUAAUGAUGUAAAAAUGUGGACUCCCUCUGCCAUCGAGCGGGCACCUGUGGUAAAUAUUGAGGAGUUGAGACCUCGCAAGAGAAGAGCCAAGCUUUGGCACUUUGACUUACCAGAGCUGUUGAUCCAGCACUUACUGGCAUCAGAGCGUAGGCAGCAAUCAACUGAAGAAGAUUCAUCGGAGGACCUUGAGGACAGCACAGGAUUACUUAGUCUAGUACUACGUGCUGCUGAUGGAAGUGUGUCAUCGACUGAUGAUGAAGAGAUCUCUGAUGGCUCUGAAGAGUUUACAGUCAACUGAUCCGUUGUCCACCUUUCAGGGCCAUUUCAAAAUUGUACAUAUACAGUAAUAAGUUAUCAUGCUCUUAUGGAUGAUAUAGCAGCACAAGUGUGGUUUAGUAGCUUGUCGUUUCUAUGAUAUAGGUAUGUGUUUCGGAGGCCAUUUUAAUGAGAAAAUUGGGUUGUGCUAGUUGUGUGCCAGCAUCUUAUGAAAAUCUGCCAAGGUGUUGCAUCAUUUCUAUAUUUAUAUUUUUCUGACAAAAGCUUUAUGUGGUUUGUCGCUGUCAAUCUCACCUUACUUGAUGUGUGUUCUUGGCU